UUUGUGGAAAGGUUGUUGCCUUCUUGUUGAAUAUGGCUUUUUUAUCUGCUUGGUGAUGGAGAGAUUUUACUAUGAUCUAAAACAGCCUUAUUUCACUAACAAUUUAACACAAAAUCAAGCAUGGUGGAAACAAAAACUGGUGAAGUUCAGGCAGAUACUAACCCUGAUUAUGAUCGCCAAAGUGAAGUGAAGGCUUUUGAUGAUACAAAAGCCGGUGUCAAAGGACUAGUAGAUUCUGGGGUGACAAAAAUUCCUCGUAUAUUCGUUGAUCAGAACCUUGUCCUCGAGAAGAACUCCAGUUGUGUUAAUUAUCAGUUCAGUAUCCCAAUCAUAGACCUCCAAGGUAUCACUGAAAACUCAACUAUGCGUGCUGAGGUAAUCGAGCAAGUUCAAAUUGCUUGUGAGAAGUGGGGUUUCUUUCAGGUGGUUAACCAUGAAAUUCCUCGAAGUGUUUUGGAUGAGAUGAUAGGUGGCAUACGUAGGUUUCAUGAACAAGACACUGAGGUGAAGAAAGAGUUCUAUACGCGCGAUACAAGUCGCAGAAAGGUGUUGUAUCUAAGCAACUUUGAUUUGUAUAAAUCAAAGGCUGCUAAUUGGAGGGACACUUUAGGCUGUCUGAUGACUCCUGAUCUACCUGACCCUGCAGAAUUGCCUGAAGUGUGCAGAGACAAAGUGAUGGAUUACUCCAACCGAGUAGUAACAUUCGGUUUUACACUGUUUGAACUGCUGUCUGAGGCUCUUGGGCUUAAUCCCAGCUACCUUAAAGAUAUGGAUUGUACUGAUGGACUCCUCCUCAUGGGGCAUUAUUAUCCUAAAUGCCCCGAACCAGAAUUAACAAUGGGAACUACCAAUCACAGAGAUAGUAGCAUCAUUACCAUACUCCUGCAAGAUCAAAUGGGCGGCCUACAAGUUCUUCAUGAGAAUCAGUGGGUUGAUGUUCCUUGCAUACCUGGAGCUUUGAUAGUAAAUAUUGGAGAUCUUCUGCAGAUUCUUUCCAACGACAAGUUUAAAAGCGUUAAUCACAGGGUCUUGGCGAAAGACGUAGGCCCUAGAAUAUCAGUGGCAUGUUUUCUGAGUAUGCAAGCUAAUUCAGGAAACGCAUCAAGACUUUGUGGACCAAUCAAGGAAUUGUUAUCAGAAGAAAACCCCCCAAUCUACAGAGAAAUCUUAGUUCAGGACUACUUGUCCCUCUACUACUCAAAAGGGCUUGAUGGUACCCCUUCACUAUCACAUUUCAAGCUGUGAAACCAAUCUACAGAAUACAAUUAGGGGUAACUUGUCGCUUGCAGAAUAAAGUAUGGUUUCUUACUUCUUUGGACCUUAAUUUAAUUAUGGACUCAUAUUCAUCAAAAAAAUUUGUACCUUCACUGUGCUUUAUCAGUGACAUGGUGAUCAAGUCAUGCAUAUGUAUGUUGUGGACUGGUACUCAUGCUGAAUCUAAAGUCUAGACAUUUUACUUUAACUUUGGAAGCUGAAGAUGGAAAAUGAACUGACAAAACACAUAGAAAUGGCCAGGUUAGUAAUUAUGUAAAUCACUGGCGUU